UUCACUUGAAAUAUUUAAAAUUUCUGAAGAUGUCCAGUCUCCAACAAGAAAAAGAAACACCCAGAGAUGAGGAAACCAAGACUCUAAAUCAGCAAGAAAAUAUUGAUGAAGGCAAUCUCAGCUGCUUGAACAACACCGACGAUGAAGAACUCUUUGAAGAGUUUAAUAAAAUGGAAGCCGAGAAGGAAGAACUACUGCUUAAAGCUCAAGAAGAGGAGAAAUCUUCAUUUAAAAGGAAAAAUAAAGGGAAGAAGUGAUUCAAAAUUUCAAAGAUUAGAUCAAAGAAAUCCUUCAACAGAAGUAGAGCAGCCUCAAAGAGAGGUAAAACUACUAGGCAAGGAGGAAAAAGCAAAAGGAAACUCAUUGUGAAUAAGUUAACUGUAAAUGUCUCUAAUACAAGGUAUAAAAUUGUCAGAUAUGUGGCUAAAUAAAAUAUUUGGCUACAGACUCAGCAGAAGUGAUAAUAAUACAUGGGAUAUCUGUUGGAUCGAUGCAGGCAUUUCUCAUGAAAGAUUACUUAAAAUGAAACCUUUUCAAAGAAUCAAUCACUUCCCUGGUAUGUAUGCUAUAGCUAGGAAAAAUUUAUUAGCUAGGAAUUUGAUGAAAAUGCAAACGAAAUUUCCUAACGAAUAUGAUUUCUUCCCUAAAACAUGGUCAUUACCUGCUGAAAUGUGAGACUUCAAACUCCAAUUUUCCACUGGCAAUAAUAAAAAGAAAGUAAACAACCCUAUCUUUAUUUGUAAGCCUGAAGCUGCUUGACAAGGUCGAGGAAUCUUUCUAAUGAACACCUUGUCUAAACUCCCCACAAAGGACAACUACAUUGCCCAAAAAUACAUCUCAAAGCCAUAUCUAAUCAAUGACCUCAAAUUUGAUCUGCGUCUUUACGUACUUAUCUCUGGAGUCGAUCCCUUGCGUAUUUACCUCUACAAGGAUGGUCUUGCGAGAUUCGCCACUGAAAAGUACAAAUAAGCCAAAUACCAAGAAUUUUAAAUAACAGCUAUAUUCAUUUAACUAAUUAUGCUAUCAACAAGAAUAGCUCUAAAUAUCAGAGCGCAACUGGAGCAGAUGACGAAGGCCAUAAGAGAAGCUACAGGUCCAUCAUCGAAUUUUUAAGACAACAAGGUGAGAAUGUUGAAAAACUUGAGGAAGAAAUCGAAGAAGUCAUUAUUAAAACGCUUUGUUGUAUCCAACCCUCACUUGCACAUACCUACAAGUCUUGACAACCUGAGGAUGUAGAGAAUUCUAUGUGCUUUGAAAUUCUUGGGUUUGAUAUCCUGAUAGACAAUAAACUCAAACCAUGGGUGUUAGAAAUCAACAUUAGUCCGAGCUUCCACGUCGACACCUCUCUUGAUUACAUUAUCAAAUAAAGGAGUUAUUGAAGAAAGCAUCAGACUUCUCAACUUAAGCCAGGCAAGAAAACUUCGGAUCAAAAAGAAAGAGAAAUCAGACUUUCAGCAAAGAGUAAUCUCAGGAAAACCUCAAAGGAAGACUCAGGAGGAGAAGAUAAUCAUUAAGCAAGAUUUCAACUCAAAACGUAAUGAUAAGGAACAAAAAGUAGUUCAAAAUUUCAAAUUAAUUUACCCUAAUUUUGAUAUGGAAAUUUAUGAAAAUUUCAUGAGCACUGCCAAGCUCAUCUGGGAAGAGUUCACUGGAAGCAGCAAUAAAGUCAAUAAAAUAGAAAAAUAAGAAGCCAACUAAGUUUGAAACCAAUGAGGUCAAGCCUCCAAAAGUUGUAGUCAUGCAGAAAGUAAAUAAUAAAACCGUAUUGAAACCCAAAAGAAGAAGGCCAGCUAGUGCUUAUGCUAGGAGGAAAGAUAGCCAACAACUCGUGAAAUCUAUGAAAGAAACUCAUAAUUAUUCAAGAGCCCAGGAUGACACAGAAAUUAUUAAGAAGGAAAGGAUUACCUACCAGCCUUCAAUUGUAAAUUUAAUGCCAUUAGGAAGGAGCUCUAGGGUGGUUAUAUCGACACCUUUUACUGGAGCUCAUCAUUUAAAGAAUAAUUCAUCUCAUUUUGGAGAUUUUCGGCCAAAUCACUUUAUGCUCAAUAAUCCAAUGAGAGAAAGUACAAAGAAAAGGAAGAAUAUAAAAUACUCAAGAAGAGGAAAGCCUUUAACUCUAAAUGCUAACAAAAUCAACCAUUCACGUCCUCCCAGUGCAAAGAUUUCUUCUACUAAGCAAACUUUUGGCCGGUACCAAAGAGUCAAGAGAGAAAAUUCCUUUACUAAGAAUAUAUCUAAAGAAGUGAAGAAAAGAUCAAAUUCAAAUAAGUUCUCCUGAGCAUCUCUUAAAAAGAAUAACCGUAGAGAAAUGCCAAUUUCCAUAGUCACUAUUCAAGACAAUUCCAUCAACAAAGAAUCUCUGAGACAACAAGAAGAUAAGCCCGAUUCAGAAUAUAGUGAGUCGCAUGUAGUUCCCCACAACUAUGAGCCAUUUAUGAGUUUUGAUGCAACCCAGAAAAUGCUUUGAAAGACGAGAAAAAGUGGUUUUUCUCAGCCAAUUCUCAAUACCCAAGCUAUUACUCAACAUGGGGCAGUUAAAGCUGUUAAUAUAUUCAACACAUUACACAAGAACCCACUUGAGACAAUGGAAUUUACCCAAGAGAGCCCAAUGUCUCAUCGAGACUUUGUAGGAAACAGGCAAAAGAAGAUAUAAUUCUUUCUAAAUUCAAUGAUUUCUAA